AUUUGAAUUUAAGUAUUACAAACACAGACAUGCAAAAUCUGUGUUUUGCAUGUCCUUAUGAAGUAAAGAAUUAUUAUUAUUAUAUUAUUUGUCCAUAAUUUAAAAUUACGUUUUUAUUAAACUGAUUCCUGAAUAGAUUGCACAUCUAGGAAAUUAUUUCUUUCACACUGUAAUGCUAUAAGCAUUGGUAUCAAUUAUCUAUAAAAAAAAUGCAGACUAACAAAAUCAUUAAAGUUAAACUCAGAGAAGGUUUCUUUAUUUUACAAAUAUCACAUACAGUGUAAAGUAAAGGAUAUUUUUCUCCCAUCAUUUAUUUCACAAAUGGACCAAAGUCAAACUCUCCUCCACACCGAGAGAGGGGGUGCAUAGACGGACUCCUCAGUCCAUCCCACUGCACUCACCUCUUGCCUUUACGCGAGCGAGGGGCAGCAGUGCGCGAGCAGAUGUCUGGAUGUGACUGUCAGCGGAGAAAUUCCGAGAGCUGGUGACCAUGCAGGUGGAAAGAACGCCCGAAAUAAACAGAUAAAUAGGGAGGAAACAAGGGGGCUGCGGAGGAAGAUAACGGCACGACGCAGCACCCAUCAGCAAGAUUUACUGUCCAGUCGCUGCUGGUCGUCUUGCUGGUGGCUUAAUAACCAGUCAUAAAGAGGUGGGAGGGAGCUUGUGUGUUGGAGGAAGACGAGUGUGAAAGUAUUGAUAAAGGAAAGAAGAGAAGGUGAGUGUGUAAAAGAGAGAGAGGGGAGUACUUAAAGCCUUAGCAGGGAUCAUGAGCUCUGCACUGCCGUACGACUCGCUGUCAGCUCGGCCGAGUCCCAGCAGACGAGCUUUGGACUGGGAGCGCGAGCAGUUAGCGGUGCGAAGACUGUCCUGUCCACAGGGUCUCAACCUACUCACUCCUCCUCCUCUUCCUCGUCGACCCUCUGCCAUCCCUGGCUACCUGCUGUCCCCCUACCAAGAGCAGGAGGAGCAGUCCCACCACCAGCAUCAGCGACUAUCCUUGUCUAUGUGCUCAGAGGCCUCCCUGGCUCCCCCCGCACCUCCACCUGUGGGGACUCCCCCACCCUGCUGCCGCCCAGUGGGAGUCAUGCACCUCCUGCGCCUGGGACUCCUCGCUUUCAGCUGCCUUUUCUGGGCAGCCGGCUUGGCCCUCUUCACCCUGGGUGUUUGGGCUCAGAUUUCACUGGCAGACUUCAUGCUGUUGUCUGCCAAUCGCUACCCCAACGCCCCAAUCAUCCUCCUGUCCACAGGUGCUGCCGUCACCACUUGGGGCUUUUUAGGUUGUCUGGGGGUGGCUGCAAACCUGCCUUGCGUGCUGAGGGCGUAUGGGUUCUUCCAACUUGCUGCACUUAUAGCCGGUUUGGCAGCUGGACUCUCGGGCCUCUUCUACCGUGAAGAUAUUGCUGGAGGAUUUCGCAGUGGCUUACAGCGAGCGGUGGCCGGCUACACAGAGGAUGAGGGCCGUGCCGAUGCUCUGGACAGCCUUCAGAGGGCCCUGGAGUGUUGUGGAGCUGAGGGUUGGCGUGACUGGCUCACUUCAGAUUGGGCUUCCCAACAUAUGACCUUCCUGCCUUAUGAGAACAGUUCCUCGGUGUCCCUGCCGGACAGCUGCUGUGCCAGGCGCAAGGGUUGCAAGAAUCGUCCUCUUCUGUCAGAUGAUAGCGACGAAGUAGUUGCUGCAGGAAUCCAUCCACACGGCUGCUUCCGUAAAGUCUUCAGUCUGGUCAACGACAACGUCUUCCACAUUGCUGCCACUGUGUUAGGAUUAGCCUUCACCCAGAUUGGAGGCAUUGUCCUGGCUUGUCUGCUUGCCAACAAACUAGCACCAAGACAGCGUCGUCGUGUGGUGGCCCAUUAAUGCUCAAUCUUAAACCGAGGAUUGGUAAUUAAUGCCACAAAGGAUCAGUGGAGUUGCAAAGUUGGGGGAGUGUUUUUGGGCAUUCAGGGUUCCACAGCUACUCCUCUCACUUUGCAACUCUUUGACCCUCAUUGUUUGCAUGGCUCUCUCUACUGUACAGGUUUAAUUGAUUCAGUGUAAGGGGAAAAGAGGUGCAAUUAAAAGUGCAAUUCUGUCCAUUUGGUGCAUUAGUAGCUAGUCUGAGGUCACACGAUCUUGGGGCCAGAUUGAAUAGCUUCUUUUAUUCCCACAGACGAUGGCAUGAUGCCAGGGUCUUUGCAAAUUUCAGAGCGACACAGUUGUAAUUUUCCCAUCCAGUGGCCACGUUGUUUAAUAGUAAAUGCUCUUGUCUCCAUCUGAGCGACCAUGGACGUGUUGAUCUUAACAUGAGGUGAGGUCAGGUGUGUUUUUGGUGCAUUUCAUUCUUGUGCUGUUGACCAACAAACAUCUGGUCUGAAGUCUAAGGUGCAGUAUUUUACUGUUAUGGUACACGAUCAGGAUAGUGAAAUAGACCAACUAUAGGUGGAUGCACAACGUGCAGACACUGUGCUUUCCACACCUGCUUCACCUCAGGGAUCCUGUUGUUGCUCUAGGUGGUUUACUUGUGCGCUUUCACUCCGAUUGCAUGAGCAGAUGGUUUUUCCAUACAACCUGGCAAAUGUGCCUUUAUUAUUGUAAUCGGCUGUGGGGCAAGCAUGCCAGGCUUUUAUAGGAAAUAGGAGACGGCACUCUGAUUGGCUUAUAGCAUGUUACCAAGGACACCCAUGAUUUAUUCAGAGACUAAGUAAAACCCUUUCGUACCCAAUGCGCCUGGUGCAACAAUCUUUGCCAAUCUUUAACUGUUUGGGCCCUUAAUGCACUCGCUCCAUGUGCUUAGAUUGUUAAAAUAGAGCCUGAUAUGCUCAUACAAAGUGAUGUUUUUCUGCCUUUUAUGCUGAAAUGUUUAAAUAAUGACUUUAUUAAUGUACUAUUAUUAGUUAGAGUUUAACAUUUCUCAUGUAGUAUAUGUGAAUGCACAGGAAUGUUCACCAGCAGUUUUCCAAUUUAGACGUUUUUUUGUCUGUUUGUGUUCAGCAGAUGUUCAUCUCCACAUCAUUUAGUUUUACCAUCACAAAGGCGACACUGUGCUGGAAUGGUGCUGUAGAAACAAAGCUAAAUACUGUCUGUGAGGUUUUGUCUGUUCCAUUUUUUACUGUGUCCUGCGCUUUUGUAAGAUCAGCUUUUCAGAUUUGGUGAGAAAAUGAACGCUUUUAAAUGUCGUCCUCCGUGUGUCAUUGUUUUGCUUGGGUACGGAGGCUCUGAAGGCUCUGAAGGCUCUGAAGGCUCUGAAGCACAAGUUUAUCUCACAACAUUAAAUUUUAGCACUACUUCCAAAAUCCUUGAUCUCAUUAGCUCGACCCACAUAUUGGGUUUUAGAUAGAUUUUAGAAUACUGCGCUGAAAUAAUACAAAUCCAUCAGCCUUGCUUCGAGCCUCAUCAUCAAUUAUUUCACCUUUCCUCUUCAGGAUAGGCAUUAUUAAUGCUCUAGUAAUUGUAAUAUAUGAUUUGUGUUUACAUUCUGUAAUAUAUAAUCCAUAUUUACUGUUACCAGCGGUGCAAACACGGCAUGAUUGAAACUGUAUCAAACCAUAUCUGUUAACAAUACACGAAAAAUCUUUGCCUCAUUACAGGAUAUGAUAUUGAUUCGACACUGGGAAUGUCAUGGCCUGCCGUCCUUGAAUAUAUUAAAUGUAUAAAUGGAAACAGCAUUAUUGUGAUGUGAUGGUGGUGUCAAAGCAGCACAGCAAGGCAAAUGCAAAUGUAUAUAUUAAAGAUUGUGUGAAUGUUGAAAUCUUGUAGAGUAAUUUUUUUGUUUGGGGAAUUAAGUGACGUAUUUAUGUGUCAAUUUGACAGGUGGCAAAGA